AUGGAUUCAUCAUCAUUUUCAUCAAUGGAUCGGGUCAACUUCAGGACACAAGUCCUAACCCGCCAUCUCAAUAACCACCAUAAUGCCGCCACCGAUCUCCUACACACCGCCCCAUGUGUCAGCUACUCCCCACCGGAACUGUCUGAGCCGCCGUUGAACUUCAAUACCAAGAUGCUUCGUGAGCUCCUAGAUGGUCAGAACAUUGCCGAUAUCGACUAUAUGUUCAAUUUGAUGAUGCAGAGCAACCUGUUUUGCCCAAGAGAAAGAGGAGGCAAAGUGUUUGUUGCACCGGAUUUUAAUCAGUCCAUGGAGCAGCAGAGAGAGAUGACGAUGAGAAGAAUUGAUUACUUUAGAGAACAGGGAGCUUUCGAUGGGUGGUUUUCUAAGAAGGGGCCUGAAGCUGAAUUGUGGAGAUUUGCUGUUGCUGAAACUGCUAGUGUUUUUGAUCAUUCUCUGGCGAUUAAGCUUGGAGUUCAUUUCUUUUUAUGGUAUGUCUAA